UCUUAUAAGGAUAACAUAACUAAAGAAAAUCUUGAAUUUUUCAUGUCUGAAAUUCAUUGUGCCUUAAAAUAAUGAAGAAAUAAAAUACGCUUCCUUAAAAAUUGUUUAUUUUAUUUCUUUUGAAUUACUAUGUUUUUAACGAAGAAUGUGUAUCAAAAUGGCAGUUUCCUUAGAUUGUGUAUUAUUUUGGUUUUGCUGAAAUCUUCUGUUACAAAUGGAAAAGUAACUGCAAAAGAUGGAGCUUAUAACGAUAUUCUGAUACGGUUUUCACCCAGAGUUAAAGCUGAAAGCGGAAUAUCAUUAGUAAAGGAAAUACAAAAAGUCCUGACUGAUGCAUCAGAAGUACUGAAUACAUCCAUCGGAUUGAAGAUAUCCAACGUAGUUUUUCUUCUGCCCAGAAUUUGGGAUGUAUCUAACUGGACAGUCGGGAAAGCAACUCCACAACAUACUCACUUACCGCCAGAUAUUUUUGUAGAGAACCUGCCCAACAGUGCUUAUGGGAACUACCCUUUUACAUUACAGUAUGGAGGAUGCUCUGUACCCGGACGUUAUAUAUUUAUUCAAGAAAACUUUCUUACAGCCAAAGAAGAAUUCCCAAAAGGUAAACUUUUUGCGAGAGAGUGGCUGAAAUUUCGUUAUGGGGUGUUUGAUGAACAUGGAUUUGAGGCAGAUAAAAUGUAUCCUUUGUACUACAAAGUUGCGGGCGAACCAGAUAUACAAAUUACGAACUGCAUUCAUCCACCUGCAGAAUAUUACUUCAAGAAGGGUAAUGAAGACUGUAUUUUAUCAGUGGAUGAGCAGACUGGUUUGCCAGACAUGCUUCCUUCGGAAUGUCGAAUUUUGAUUGAAGAAAAGAGUGCUAAUCUUGUUACAUCGUCCUUGAUGUAUUUUCAUACGAAUUUGACUCAAGUCAGCAAAAUUUGUGGGGAUGAAAAUCAUCCCUACAAUUCGAGAGCUCCUAACAAGCAGAACACUCUUUGCAACGGAAGAAGCAGCAAUGAAAUCGUUCAGCUUUCUUCUGAUUUCCAGUUAACAGAACAAAGUACUGAGGAAAUCACCUUCGCUUACGUCCAAGAAGAAGAUCCUACAGUUAUUAUCGUGUGGCAGAAUACUGGUAAUCUGUAUGAAAAGAAAGAAGCUAUCACAGGUUCAGUUUUGAGACUACUGAAUGAUCUUCCGAAACGUAGUAAAGCUGGACUCUAUUGGUUUACCAAUACAGUCCAUAUUGAAAGAUAUUUAAAUGACAGUUCUCCUUGGCCUAGUACUAUUUCUUCUAAUUUUAUCUCCGAAGAAACACCUUGCAUUACUUGUGCUUUAAAUGACGUCGUAAAUGCACUCACAACCGACAUGAAUGACAGAAGAGGAUUCAUUGCUAUGAUAGCUGGAGCAAAUCCAUCAAACUAUGAAGAAGUCCUCAAGAAUAUAAAUUCGUCAGAUCUCUGUCUCAUUGUAAUAGGAUUUCGUGGAGCUACCAGAGAUGGGUUCAAAGAUUUGAUAUCUGCUUCGAAUUGUGGGUCAUUUUACGAAGCACCGAUCGAAGAAGACAAUCUUAAGUCAUUUUCCAGGCUGUAUAAUGCAAUGGCUACGAUUCUGCCACCUAAUGACCUUAAUUAUGAAACUAUAAUAACUGAUACACAAUAUCUGGAAUAUGGGAAACUUUUGAAAAUUCGAAGACAUGAUAAUGCAGCAAGUUUUACUCUUCGAUUGAGCAGACCCGUUGAACUCCAGUCCUUGUCGUGCAAGGUUCAUGAUACUACAGUACUGCUGAAACCGGAAACAUCUUCAUCUUUCAGUUUUGAAGCUCAAGCGGAUGAGGUAGUGUGUACAUUACAGAGCGAGAAGCUUGAACCUGUAUUGACACAAAUUCAGAUGAUAUCAGAUCCUAAUGAGUACUUUGAAAACUUUGUAUGGAUACGAGAUACGACACUUUCAGACUCUAGUAUUCAAAUGCCUGUGAUAAUAUAUGCUCAGAUUAUGUGUGGAGGUCAACCUGUGCAAAGUGCUGGUGUAAAGGCUGAAGUGAUUAGACCGAGUGGACAUAAAAGUAUUCUUGAUCUUCUGGAUGACGGAUUAGGGGAUCCAGAUAUUACAGCAAAUGACGGUGUCUACAGCCGCUAUUUCACAGAUUUUGAUGAUAAAGGUGAAUACAAGGUAACAGUAACAGCAACGGAUAAUAAUCGACAUGCGAAGGUCGGUCAAAAUGGCGUUCAACCUUGUUGUGGCAGUAAUGUAAUAAGUGAUACCGGUCCUCUUCGUGCUUUUCAAGAAACAGUUAACUUAACUUUCAAAUCCAUUACUGUGAAGCCCCGAGCAGGAUAUAAACCGUCUAAGAUAUUUGAUUUGCGAAUAAUUAGAUAUGAUAUACCAUACUUUCUGGCACUGCAAUGGACAGCUCCUGGAGCGGAAGCUGAUAGAGGAAAUGCUACAAAGUACAUACUUAAGUCAUUUUAUUCACGAGAUGAUGCAAUCAAUAAAUUUGAUUCUAAAAAUUCCACACAUUUUGAGAUGGAUCUUCAACCUAAAUCCAGAGGGGAGAUCGAGAAUACAGAAAUUGAAAUUUUUGAAAAACUCAAGGAAAAUCUGACAUAUUUCAUUUCUAUGCUAUCUGUUAAUGGCAAGGAUCUAUACAGUGAGCCAUCGAAUGUUGUGGAACUAUUUAUCCGAGACUCAGCUAAAAAUGCCACUCAUCCUACUUCGCCUCCAGAAGUGAAACGCGAAGAUGUAAACAGAGUACUAAUUGCUUUCGGAAUUGUUCUUUUCGUCAUUUUUAGUCUUGCAUGUAUCUAUUUAGCAAUUCACUUCUUUCUAGUGAAACCUAAACAACAAAAAUAAUCAAAAAAAAAAAAAAAAAAAAAAAAAAAAAAAAAGAAAAGAAAAGAAAAGAAAAGAAAAAAAGAAAUGUAUAUCCUCCAACCCAAGUUCUACUCAAGAUUCCAAGCCUGAAAAUUAUGUUUUAAACACUUGGAUUUUCACACUUGUUUUCACAAAAUAUCCCAAUGAAGUCUCUAUGUCAUAAAUCAGAAUAAAAGUUGCCAGAUGUUUCUUGAAAAAAACGGAGAAUAGUCCUUUCCUAAACAUGAGAGAAAUGGAAGUUGGAAAUUUAGAUUCUGUUGGAUACCAUCAAAUUUCAGAUCAGAUUUUACUGGAUAGGAAGAGGAUUUCCAGUAAAUUUUAAAGAGAUUAAAAAUAGGAUGUUUGUUAAAGACUCGUGCGGCGCACCAAAUCGAAAGAAUUUUACCAUUUAUUACACAAGAUAAUAUAGCACCUGAAAAUAACAACCUUUCAGAUUUCAAUGAAUUUGAAAAAUUUGUGUGGAACUCUUGCUGAAUGCGAAUUCAUAAAGCUACCCUUAAGUAAAAAAUGUAAUGUAUUUUAAUUUUCAUUCUAAAUAAAUAUAUUUAGAUUAAAGGUAUA